GGAAGGGAGAGCAGAGGAGCUUAGAGAGGGGAUCUGCAUUGUAAGUAGCUCUGAGAGCAGCAAGUGGUGGCUGUUUUUCAGCCUGUUGUUGUUUUCCCGAGGAGGCUGUCAACAAGAGGAAGCAGAAGAACCAGACAGAAGAGCACAGAUUUGAAAAGUCUGAGCUGCGAUCAAAAAAGAAAAAAGAACCCGAGGGAGGAGAAGAGAGUAACCGGGAGGAACACAAGGCAGCAAUGGAUAGCAGAGUGGCUCAGCCUGACCCUGAGAUGGCCUGGAUUCACACACUGCUGCUGGCCACCAUCCAGCACACACACUAGGCUGCUAACACCAAUGAGCUUCCAUGCGUUCGUUCAGCCAUGCUCCCUGGGUAUGGAUUCUCACCUUUUCCUGAUUUCCAACCCCAUCUUCACACUUUUCGCUGCCGAAGAGAGAGUCCUAACAUGUGGAUCCCCGGCUCAGGAGAGUCCCAGGCUCUGAGCGAGGCCAAGGAGGACAGGCCUCUCCUCCAUGCUUGCCACCACAAGCAUAUUGCUGUUUGCCAGCAGGAAACAUUGGCUUUUAUUGAGCUACAACCACCAGUGACUCCUAAACUAAACAGUCUGGGCUCUUCAAGGCCAACUCUUACUUCAGACACACAAUGCACGAUGCACUCCCUGACUCUGAAUGGUUUCAGACACACACUAAAUGAACUGAAUGACAUGCAGAAUGGCUGCCACAGGACAGACAAUGAGCAUGAAACAAUGCUGAAUUCAAACUGUCAUAUAUCUGCAGGUGACAGUGAGCUUGAAUGCCAUAAUGGCAUCAGGACUUCUUUGCAGGAACAACCUGAAAAACCUCGUACUGUCACAACAGUAUGUCGUCCUCUCCAUGCAGCCCUUAGCCUCCCUCUGUCGCUCCCUCUGUCCUCCCUUUACACAAACAGAGAUUCCUGGGAAUCUCAGUUGCCUUGCUCCCGAUCCUCACCUGAAGGUCCUGGGUUUCAGAGCCCAGACUCCCGCCAGCCACAGAGAAGGACAUCACAGGGUUCACUGAAAGAAAAAUCAAUCCGACGAAAGAUGCAGGUUUACUCCCCAGAAAGCCAAAGCGAUGAAUCUCUCAGCAGCCCAAUUCUGGACGCAGACUACAUCUUUUCAGGACCUUUUGCAUCUUUCCUGGAGGAGGACCUUAGUGGAAUUUCUUCACUGGAGGCCAUUUCAAGUCCUUCAUCCGCAGACGGUGUCACAGAUCUUCCACACCUCAGUCAUGAUGAUAUUUUUAAUCUACCUGCAGAACCGCUGCAGAUAAUCGAGGAUUCAGUGCCAGGGAUGGGGGAAGACAGCGGGAGUGUAGAGACAUCAAGUGCCACAGGGGGGAGUUUAUUGUCACGGAGUCGGCAAGGGGAUCAGGAACGGCGGCGCUUCUCAGCUUCAGAACUGAUCUCUAGACUGCAGCUGUCUCAAAGGAAGAAUUCCUUCACACUGAAGCUGGGGAAGUCACUGUCUGCUCGGGUAGCCGCCCGGGACAGACAGAGCUCCAACAACCUGAGCCCCAACCCCGACUAUAAGUCCAACUCCAAGCAGCGAAGCUCAGGAGGUUCUAGUGACAGUGCCCCCCACAGUCCUGUAGGCCCCACACCUGCUCUGCUGCCCAGCAGUGACAAUGGCAUGCCUUUGCAUCGGUGGAGCACAAAACUUGGAAUGCGAAAGAAAUCCAUUGAGGACGACUUGGCCAUACUUCCGACUGUUGCUAGUUCGAAUCGCUUAUCGCGGUUUUUGCCAAGUUCCAUUCUGUACCAGGAAUACAGUGACGUCGCCAUCAACAGAGAGAUCCAGAGGCAGCAAGGGAAGGAGCCAGGCACAGAGGAAGAAGGGCUCAGGGAUGAGGGAUCAGAUGGAACCCCAUCUCCUACUAAUUUGUCUCCAUCCAGCUCCUUUCGCUCAUCCCGAGGCUCAGCUUUUGCCCUGUGGCAGGACAUCCCUGAUGUUCGGACUAGCGGACAGCUCGACAACUUCAGCAAUGAGGAGAGGAAAUUACAGGAGGCAAAGUUUGAGCUGGUGACAUCUGAGGCAUCGUACAUCCGCAGUUUGACGAUCGCAGUGGACCACUUCAUGUUGUCACAAGAACUGGCAGAGUGUCUCGGAGCUCAAGAUAAGCAGUGGCUCUUCUCCAAGCUGCCUGAAGUCAAAGAUGUCAGCGAAAGGUUUCUUCAGGACCUGGAGCACAGGCUGGAAGAAGACAUUCUGCGUUUUGAUGUGUGCGACAUUGUCCUUGAACAUUGCCCAGCCCUGCGAAAGGUUUAUUUACCUUAUGUAACCAACCAGGCCUACCAGGAGCAGACAUACCAGCGUUUGCUGCACGAGAACCCUCGUUUCCCUGGAAUCCUGGCUCGUUUGGAGGAGGACCCCAUCUGCCAAAGACUUCCCCUGACUUCUUUUCUAAUCCUCCCGUUUCAGAGGAUCACACGGCUUAAAAUGCUAGUGGAGAAUAUCCUUAAGAGAACAACUCCUGGUUCCCGGGAUGAGGACACUGCCACAAAAGCUUUCAAUGAGCUAAAAAAGAUCAUCAAAGAAUGUAACUCCAGUGUGCAAUCAAUGAAGAGGAUGGAGGAACUUAUUCAUCUCAACAAGAAAAUCCAUUUUGAAGGAAAGAUCUUUCCUCUGAUCUCUCAGUCCCGCUGGCUGGUGAAACACGGUGAGCUGCUGGAAGUGGACACUCAGAUGAUGAGUAUUUCUGGGUCAAAGCUCAAGCUACCCACCAAGCCUGUGUACCUCCACCUGUUCAAUGACUGUCUCCUGCUGUCCAGGAGGAAGGAUGCAUGGAAGUUCAUGGUGUUUGUACAUGCCAAGAUAGGAGAGCUGAAGGUGAAAGAUCUCAGUCAGAAGUUGCAGGGCAUUUCAGGCUUCAUCUUCCACCUGCAGCUGUGUGAAGGCCAGCAGCUCAAACAUCAGAUCCUUCUGAAAUCUCACACUGAGAGUGGGAAACAGAGGUGGAUCACGGCUAUGUUUCCAUCUGAUCCACUCGAAGACAUCGAGCAAGCCAGCGAGAAUGUUGAUAUAUCCCAGGUUCAGUGCAUCAAAAGUUAUCAAGCUCAAGAGCAUGAUGAGUUAACACUGGAAAAGGCUGACAUUCUUCAUGCUAAAACCAUUACAAGUGAUGGUUGGGUGGAAGGCAUCAGACUGUCUGACGGGGAACGGGGCUGGUUCCCCAAAACGUACGUGGAGGAAAUCACAAGUCGCAGCGCACGCCUCCGCAACCUCCGGGAAAAUAUCCGCAUCAAAUGUGUCACACAGAAACUGGAAGGGGAAGACUAACAAUUUUUACUGCCAUUUGUCAUGUGUCAAAGGUGCAUCUCAGUUGCUAGGUUUUGAGCAUUUUAAGCUUCUGGAUCAUUGUUUUAAUUUUGGAGGGAUGUGGGACCUAUACAUAGCAUGCAGGUGCUAAAACAAGCCAACAUAUUUGAGUGAAUGCUAAAUUAUGUAUCAGCAUUUUCCCUUAGCAUGCAAGCUGUGAAUACAGUUUUGAAAUGAGAGUGCAAAGAUUUUAAUGCUUUACAUUUCUAAUUUCAAAGGCUUUCAUACAAUAAGAGUCAAACAUUUCCAACAGUUUUGCUGCACUGAAGUUUCUAAACUCUUUAGGAGAAUUACUUUAUGCAUGCUUCUGUGAAUGCAUGUAUCACCAAUUUAGUCUAAGAACAAUUUCAAGCAUCUCUGUGGGCACUUUGGCUCGUGUCAGAGGGGAAGAUUAGACUGACAUUAACUCACUAGUUUGUCACUACAUUUUUUUUCUGUCAACUGUGGCCAAAAUCACUCAGUGCACUUAAGUUGCCAGCUGAGCUGUGUGAGCUGCAGGAAGAAUCGUUCAUAUAACAACAUAACAUCAGAAAAUCGCUUGAGGCAGAUCCUGCUGCUGAGCUGUAUUAGGAAACAACAGAGGUCUUUAAUCUUUUGUCUUUGUUCAUACUGAGUGCUGCUAUAAUUUCAGAAGGCAGAUGAGAAGUUGCUCUGUUGUGCGGUCCAUGUAUUCAACAAACAUGUACACUAGUUUGAGAGGAAAUUAAAAGCUGAUUUUUGUGUUUGAGUCCAUCCAAUCAGCUGAUAUGCUACAGUACAGCAGUGUUCAGCAGUUCAUCUCCAUCUGUGUGUUAAAAGAUUGUUAAACCAUCCUUGUCUCUAUACCAUAGAACACCCUCUCUGUGUGUGCUGGGAAAGAUCUGUAGUAACAACCCGGACUGUUAUGGUUAGUGAGACCACAGCACAAUGGUGGUUUUUAGAGAUGUUUCUACAGUAACCAAAAUGAAGGACAGAUUAUCCUCUUUCAAGGCUCACACAAAUACUUUUUUCCUAUUACGUGCCCUCAUCCGAUUAAAGGACUGUGUUCUGUAUUUUUGUCAGCUAACACCAUGAACAGAUCAAAAAUAGCAAGUAUUCUCUGCAUAUUCCUUUAUUCCAUGGAACACAUCUACAAGCCACACUAUCAUGACAUUUUAAGUCUAUUUUAAGUCAAACAUAAAUACUGACAAGAUCAACGUGUGUAUUAAUCUGCAGGUGAAAAUAGUCCUAGACAAAUGCACUAUUUGCUCCUGUUUGAGUAAUGUUUCCUAAAAAUUUAGUGCACAGCUCUUUUAAGGAAUCAUGAAGCAAUUUUUAAAAAUGAAGCUACAUAUUUGGAACCAAUUUGAUAAGCUUUUUUAAAGAUUUAUGUCUUCCAUAGGAAUGAGUUGGUUUUGGGACUGAGUGCAGCAAAUAAGAUGGGGAGGCUGGACAUUAUUGGUUCUGGUCUUUUCUUGGCAUUUGCUGACAAUAAGAAAGAUGUAAAAUAACAAGGGCUUUGUCCUUUAAAAAAAAUAUAUAACAAGAAAUCAACAUGUAUGAAAUUCAUCUUAGAAUGCAUGUCCAUUGACCAUCAGUGCAGUAAUUGUGCAAGUUUAGCUUCGGGGGUACUCAUUUUACAACUUUGACUGUCCUCAGUAAAUAGAAGUUAUUAUAUUACACUAAUCAUAAAUGAUCAAGUGACACGCUCACACACUCAGUACUAAGUGACGUUUAGGCCUACAUCAGCUACAUCCUCCCCCUCUUUAAGAGUAAAAAUCCCCAAAUGACAAAAAGCACAGUGUAACUGAGCUGAAACGUGUUGUUAAUGAACAACCAUAAUCAAAAUUUAAAGGUGAACUUUUCCAGCAACAAUAAAAUGUUUAUAGCCCUUUUUUCCUACAUCUGCAUUGUUAGUUGUAAUUUAAGUGGUUGCUGUUGCAGCAUGUGUAUUUAUACUCCUCUAGCUGGUUUUUCUCCAAGGAGAUUCUGAUGUAAAUGUAUUUUACUGUAGAUGGCUUCAUGUAUAAAGAGUAGAAAAUGGUUCAUUCACUUUUAUGCCUGUAAUUUAUAUGAGCAAAGAUUCAACAAAUAUUAUUACAUUCCGUAAAGAUAAACUUUCCAGGUGAGUUCAUCUCUUAUACCACAAUAAAUACAAAUAUUGUAAUACACUGGAUGUUUACUGGAUCUGUGCUGACUGCUGUAAAUGUUUAAUCACUGAAAUAAAUACAGAACCUUCC